AUGUGUUGUUUGUCGAUUUCUUUGCGUGCUUUCGUUAAAACUAGUUCAUGCCUUUUUUGAAACCCUGAGAUGAGCUUAGCUUACUUAAAGCUAGUGUUUUCCUUUCGUGUUCUAGACUUUAAAGCUUUAAAAUUAAUGCUAGCUGGAAAGUAAUCUAAAUCUUUGCCGGAAACUAUGCGGAACACAAAGCUAGCCGUGAAAAUUUGUGGAAAAUCUAAUUAAUACAAAGCAAGCCGUAAAUUUUGUGGAAAAUCAAAGGAACUUUUGAGCUGGGUGAAAGGAAAUUGAAUGUGGAGCUCUGUCGGUCAUUAAAACAAUGCAGAGUGCAGCUUUUUGGCAUAGGGGAACGUAAAUAUAAUGAGCAGGCCAAAUGAGUGUUGAUAAAACUAAUCGAUCUUUACUAGUAAUGGGGUGAGCGAGGCUAAAAAUGUGUCUAAAUUUGUAAGAGAUGAAAUUUUCGUCAGAGCUUCGAGGAACGCUAAAAUCCGCUAUAGUUGAAGUUCACUAUUUUCACGUUGAAUGUAUUUUUCUUUUCCAGAAAAUUGACCAGAGUUGAGGAUCGGAUGAGGGGGAUAGCGUCUCCGUGGUUUCCUGAUUACAAUGGAGCCGAUCAACGAAGUGACUUUUGUAAGGUUUGGUAAAAGAAAAAGAUUCAGAGAUGUUUCAGCUGUAGCAGGUGGUAGAUACUUGGGAUCUGGAAGAAAUUUUUGCUUUGAGCAGUUUAGCGCCACAAUCAACUUUCCAAGCUCUGCAGAUUCCUGAUUUUUUAAGGAUAUCAAAAUUUUUUGGGGGGGUUGAAUUUCUUGGUUUGCUCAGAAAUACUUGUAUUGGUAAGAAUUGUAACUAUCUGAGCAUUGGAGGCACGACUUGUGGAUUGAUGCUAAUAUAUCUCCGGUAGCAAUGACAAAGAAUCAUCUCAAGAAGCGUUCCACUAAAGAGCAGCCGGGCUGCAUGGGAGGCAUAAUUAGUCUGUUUGAUUUUAAUCAUCAUCCAUCAGGAAGGAAGUUAAUUACAGAAAAGGCCCAUGCAGAUGGAUCUCGGUCUUCUAGAAUCAGUUUUGAUGUGGCAAAUGAGUAUCUGGAAACACCUAAAAGUAGAGAUGCCAGAAAUGAAUAUGCUCUUACUCAUGAUACCAGAAGGAACCCUUCUACACAGAAAAAGGCAAGUGGAAUACCCAUGAAGGCACUGAUAGCUGAAGAAAUGACAAAAGAGUUUGAAUCAAAACGGCGCACACCUGGUGUUGUUGCACGUUUAAUGGGCCUUGAAGCAAUGCCUGCAGAAACAUUGCUAGGAGAACAUUCCCAAGAAUUAGAUAAUGAUCCACAAAAAAUUAUAUCUGCGAAGCAACAACAGCAACCCAAGUCAAACUGUGAUGGUCGCAAAUCUCCACAGAAAUCAAGAGCUUCAGGUAGUAAGCCUAUACAAGAAAUUUCCUUGUCAGUUUCUCAACUGAAGACCUCUAAUUGUCCAGACCAAAGAGCACAUUCUUGUAUAGAUCAGUCUCAAGAAAAGCAAAGGGAAGAGCUCUGUCAAGAGUUUGAGACUUUAGAAGACUUAAAGUCUCGAGAUUGUUCAAAUGCUCAACAGCUUGAUGAGCAGAACAUACAGCCAGUUGAGAAACACAUGCUUGUUCAUGAAAAAUUAGAUGAGCCAGAUAUGGCUCUUGAGCACCAGAAGUUUGUGGAUGCUAAAAAUCUUGUUGCUGAUGAGAAACUACAGCAGUCGAAGGAAUUUCUAGAUGCACUGGAAGUGUUACAGUCAAACAGGGAUCUGUUCCUUAAAUUCCUUCAAGAGCCAAAUUCAUUUUUUACAAAGCAUCUUCAGGAGUUUCAGUCUACACCACAAACUCCUGAAACAAUGAAAACAAAAAUGAAAUCAGCCAAUGCAAGGAAAACAGCCGAGGAGUUGAAAACAGAGGAUAUUAGUCGUGGACAAUAUCCUACAGAAGAUAAAAAGCAUGAUAAACAAUUUCAGAAGCAAAAGGGGCCCAGGUCGCUGACAGGAAAAGAAGAAGAAUUGCAAGUAAAAAGCCCAUCUUCAGGCACAAAGGAUCGAUACAAGCAGUACUCUAUUGAAAGUGCUCCAGUUAAGGGUGAUGCUUGUGCUUUACCAACAAGGAUAGUCAUCUUAAAGCCUGGUCCAGGAAGUGCUUCAAAUGCUAGGUCCCCAUCAUCACCAAGCUGGUCACCACGAUCUGAAGCCUCUUUUAGAAGUUUAGGUAAAGGUGACAGAGCUAGCACUCGAGAUUUUCUUCAGGAAGUAAGGGAAAGGCUCAGGUUGGGACUUAGAGAGUAUAGGAAAGAUGACUCUAAGGUUCCUCAGGAUGGUGAUCAUGGCCAAAUUAAGGAUGGGCCCAAAGAUCCAAAAGAAAUAGCUAGAGAAAUUGCUAGGCAUGUAAGAGAAAGUGUAGCUAGAGAUUUAACACACAAACCUAUUGAAAUGGGGGAAGUUUCUACUUCUUUCAAUAAUUUUAUUAGCAAGAGAAAUUUAUUGAAUCAAUCUAGAAUUAGUUCUGGAGAGACAUGUGUUAGUAGUGACACUGAAGUUUCUACACCUGUUACCAAACAUUCAUUGGACCAUACCAAAAGGUCUGAUGUUCCCAUGUCACAGCCUGCAAACAAAUGGCAUUCAUUUGAAUCUACAGUCGAUAGAGAAGCAAAGAAGCGUCUGUCAGAAAGAUUGAAGAUGAGUCAUGUGGAUGAAGACAAACAACAAUCUAGAGGAGAUGUAAACACACUGGGUAAAAUACUUGCUCUACAAGAGGACAAGAAACCAAUAUGCAGGUCUAAGAGCCCCCAAAACAAGAAAAUCAGAAAUGUGGUUGAAGAAGGUGAACAGUUAUAUGGGCAAGUUAGACAUGAAGUUGGUGCCAAUUGCACAUAUCACAGGGAUGGAGAUGAGAACAGGGAUAUUAUAUCACCCAAAAGUCUUGGAAAAUCUCAUUCAGGACCUUUGUCAUCCACAUAUUUAGUAAAAGACAACGAUGAUGUGCAACACACAGUUUCUGAAAGUCUUGUGAGCUCUCGGUCAGGGCCUUUGUUAUCCACAGCUUUUGACAAAAAUAAUGAAGAAAUUCAAUGUAGAGUUUCUGAUGUUAUGAGAGACAAUGCCCACGAAAUGAUUAGUGAUAAUUCAAGCACAAACCUUUCUGCAGAGAGAUACAAGACCAAGGGUAACGGAUCUUUUUUUGAGGGAGAAGCUUCAAGUUUAACAGGAAGCUUUUUGAUGUUGGGAAGAAAAUCAAGCAGGAAAUUUGAUUCCUCAACCGAGCCAGAUACUAAUAUUCAUGGUCCUUUGGAGGAAGCAUGUGAUCCACCAAAAGAACUGCGGGUUGAAUCUGAAAAAGACAUAGGAAACCUAGAAGAUCUGCUUAUUCUGGAGAAUCAAGAAUGUCCAAAGCGAUCAAUAGAUAGUCCAGAUAUGGGAAAUAUAGAAUUCAAACUUUCAGCAGACCUUGGUAGUAGGCCGUCACCUGCAGACACUAAAGGUCUUGGAGGAACUAUUUCGGAGCCCCUGGAGUGGCGUCCUGAUUCUAUGCUGGCUGAUCCACUGCAGUCUGGUGAUCAGACUGACUAUGCAACAGAAGUAAUCCCUCCAGAACAACCACUGAGCUCUCCAACAUUUGACAGUCCUACAAAGCAGUUCCCUAUUCGGGAAUCCAGACCUCCAGCAAUUAAUGUUGAGAAGCCUGAACAACCCUCUCCAGUAUCAGUUCUUGAUUCACCUUUCCAAGAAGAAACACCCAGCCCGAAGGAUUUUAAGAAAGUAAAUUCGGAUCUUCAAGAAUUGCGCUUACGCAUUCGCCUGCUGAAGUUUGAUGGAUCUGAAAGACAAAAUCUUAAAGCUGAUAACCUUUUACAAGGGGAUAGGAUAAUGUCUGAUGGUCUUGAGACUCUUGACUGUAGAGAAGCUGACACAUUGAGUGAAAAAACUUGCAACUCUGCAUCCGAAUCUAUGACAUCUUCUGUAUCAAGAUUGCAAUUUUUGAUGACUGAAAAUGUUGAUUUAGAAUUUUCAAAACUAGAUGACAUUUCUUGUCCAAAAGAUAAGCUGUCAGAUUUAUGCUAUGUCCGAAAUGUUCUUGUUGCUUCUGGUUUCACUGGGGAUGGGAUCAUUCCAAAUUGGCAUGUUCCAAAUCACCCAUUGGAUCCUUCAUUGUUUGAGAAGAUCGAAAAUCUUCUUGGGCAUAAUAGCGAAGGGGACAAGACAAAGGUUCAGGGGAGCAAAUGGGAGCGACGCCUUCUUUUUGACAGCAUAAAUGAAGUAUUGGCAAAGAUAUUAGAUCCGUUUUCUAAUCAUAAUCCCUGGUUGAAAGAGACAAAAUUGAGCUCUCAUUGUAAACCUGCUGGAAAACGGCUUCUGAGAGACACAUGGGCAGCGAUCAGUUCUUUUUUAUACACACAGUCAGAAACUACAGAUACAUUAGAAAAGAUUAUAGCAAAGGACAUGGCUAAAGGGGGUCUGUGGAUGGAGUUGCGAAAUGAUGUUGAAGCUAUAGGGUGUCAAGUAGAGAAAGCCAUUUUUGGUGAUUUGAUUGAAGAGGUUAUAUUUGAUCUUGUCUUGUAGGGAUGCAUGUUUUCAAUUCUGACAAGUGAGUAUUUUAUUUGUUUGAGGUAUUUAACAUUUGGCGUGGAAGGUCUUAUUUACUUGCUGAGGCCUUCAGCCUUGGCUGACUGUAUUAGUAAAACUAUGUCAAAAAAGAGUUGGGAGUGUAAGAAGAAAAGGUGAGAUUUUUCUUGGGAUAAUGUCUAAGUCAGAUUAGGACAAACACAAACAUGUGAAUAGGAUGAGCAAAUAAUUCAA